CCAGGCAGCCGCCGCCGCCGCCGGCGAGCAAGAGGAGCGGGAGGUGGAGGAGGCGCCGCCCGAUCGCCGUCCUGCCCGCCGCGCGCCCCGCGCCCGCCCGCGCCCCCUGCCUCGGAGAGCGCGCCCGGCUCCGCGGCGCCUGCAGCCCCGGCGCGUCGCCUGCCCGGCCAGGGUAGGCCGGGCCCAGCCCGGCCCCGGGACCGCCGCUGCCCGCGGGCGGGGGCGCCCGGGCGGCCGGGACGAUGCGCGGCCCCUGGCCCCGGAAGGCGGCCGCCCUGGGGCCGUCGGGAUGGAGGUGAGAAGGCGGCCGUGACGCACGCCCGCGCGAACCCCCGCAGCCCAGCAGCCCGCAGCGCUCCCUGCCCCCCUCCCCCGCGGCAGAGGGCCUUGCCGUCAAGUGACAGCGGCCUGGGGGGGCAGGGGGGGCGGGGGCGGCCGGACCAGCGAUGCCGGCGGGCAUGACGAAGCAUGGCUCCCGCUCCACCAGCUCGCUGCCGCCGGAGCCCAUGGAGAUCGUGCGGAGCAAGGCGUGCUCGCGGCGCGUCCGCCUCAACGUCGGGGGCCUGGCGCACGAGGUGCUCUGGCGCACUCUGGACCGCCUGCCCCGCACGCGGCUGGGCAAGCUCCGCGACUGCAACACGCACGACUCGCUGCUGGAGGUGUGCGACGACUACAGCCUUGACGACAACGAGUACUUCUUUGACCGCCACCCGGGCGCCUUCACCUCCAUCCUCAACUUCUACCGCACGGGGCGGCUGCACAUGAUGGAGGAGAUGUGCGCGUUGAGCUUCAGCCAAGAGCUGGACUACUGGGGCAUCGACGAGAUCUACCUGGAGUCCUGCUGCCAGGCCCGCUACCACCAGAAGAAGGAGCAGAUGAACGAGGAGCUCAAGCGCGAGGCCGAGACCCUGCGGGAGCGGGAGGGCGAGGAGUUCGACAACACGUGCUGCGCCGAGAAGAGGAAGAAGCUCUGGGACCUGCUGGAGAAGCCCAACUCCUCCGUGGCGGCCAAGAUCCUGGCCAUCAUUUCCAUCAUGUUCAUCGUCCUGUCCACCAUCGCCCUGUCCCUCAACACGCUGCCCGAGUUGCAGAGCCUGGACGAGUUCGGCCAGAGCACGGACAACCCGCAGCUGGCCCACGUGGAGGCCGUGUGCAUCGCGUGGUUCACCAUGGAGUACCUGCUCCGCUUCCUGUCCUCGCCCAAGAAGUGGAAGUUCUUCAAGGGCCCGCUCAACGCCAUCGACCUGCUGGCCAUCCUGCCGUACUACGUCACCAUCUUCCUCACCGAGUCCAACAAGAGCGUGCUGCAGUUCCAGAACGUGCGCCGCGUGGUCCAGAUCUUCCGCAUCAUGCGCAUCCUCCGCAUCCUGAAGCUGGCGCGCCACUCCACCGGCCUGCAGUCCCUGGGCUUCACCCUGCGCAGGAGCUACAAUGAGCUGGGCCUGCUCAUCCUCUUCCUCGCCAUGGGCAUCAUGAUCUUCUCCAGCCUCGUCUUCUUUGCCGAGAAGGACGAGGACGACACCAAGUUCAAAAGCAUCCCGGCCUCUUUCUGGUGGGCCACCAUCACCAUGACGACCGUCGGGUACGGAGACAUCUACCCCAAGACUCUCCUGGGGAAGAUCGUGGGGGGACUUUGCUGCAUCGCGGGGGUCCUGGUAAUUGCUCUUCCCAUCCCCAUCAUCGUUAAUAACUUCUCCGAGUUCUACAAGGAGCAGAAGAGGCAGGAGAAGGCGAUCAAGCGAAGGGAGGCUCUGGAGAGGGCCAAGAGGAAUGGCAGCAUCGUCUCCAUGAACAUGAAGGAUGCUUUUGCCCGGAGCAUUGAGAUGAUGGACAUCGUGGUUGAGAAAAAUGGAGAUAAUGUGGGUAAGAAGGAUAAAAUACAAGAUAACCACUUGUCUCCCAACAAGUGGAAAUGGACCAAGAGGACACUGUCCGAAACCAGCUCGAGUAAGUCCUUUGAAACCAAGGAGCAGGGAUCCCCUGAGAAGGCCAGAUCAUCUUCUAGUCCUCAGCACCUGAAUGUCCAGCAGUUGGAGGACAUGUACAACAAGAUGGCCAAGACCCAGUCCCAACCCAUUCUCACUACCAAGGAGUCAGCAACACAGAGCAAACCAAAGGAAGAACUUGAAAUGGAGAGUAUCCCCAGUCCCGUCGCCCCUCUGCCCACACGCACAGAGGGGGUCAUUGACAUGCGCAGUAUGUCCAGCAUCGACAGCUUCAUCAGCUGUGCCACAGACUUCCCGGAAGCCACCAGAUUCUCCCACAGCCCUCUGGCAUCACUCCCCACCAAGACUGGGGGCGGCAUGGCUCCAGAGGUGGGCUGGCGGGGAGCUCUGGGGACCAGCGGUGGUCGGCUCGGGGAGGCCAAUCCCACCCCCGAGGCCAGCCUGCCCUCCAGUUUCUUCAUCGAGAGCCCCAAGAGUUCCAUGAAGACCGGCAACCCCCUGAAGCUCCGGGCACUCAAAGUCAACUUCCUGGAGGGCGAUCCCAGUCCCUUGCUCCCCGUUCUGGGGACGUACCACGACCCUCUUAGGAACAGAGGGGGCGCCGCGGCCGCCGUCGCUGGACUGGAGUGCGCCACCCUCUUGGACCAGCCUGUGCUGAGUCCGGAGUCCUCGGUCUAUACCACAGCCAGUGGUCGGACGCCCCCCAGGUCGCCCGAGAAACCCACAGCAAUAGCGUUCAACUUCGAGGCGGGCGUCCACCAGUACAUCGACGCGGACACCGACGAUGAGGGGCAGCUGCUGUACAGCGUGGACUCCAGCCCCCCCAGGAGCCUCCCCGGGGGCUCCAGUCCCAAGCUCAGCGCGGGCACCAGGCCGGAGAAGAACCACUUUGAGAGCUCCCCGCGGCCCGCCUCCCCAAAGUUCCUCCGGCAGAACUGCGUCUACUCGACGGCGGAAGCGUUGACUGGAAGAGGCCCCGGCAGCCAGAAGUGCAAGCUGGAGAACCACGUCUCCCCCGUGCGUGCCUUGCCCGGGGGAGGCGCCCAGGGCAGCAGCAAGGAUCAGAGCAUCUGACCUCCCGCGGGGAGGGAGAGCGCAGGCCAGGCCAGGGGAGGGCUGCUGGGCUCCCUGCCACCCAGCUCUCCCAUGUGGACCCUGAAGCGGAAAGUCUGCAAAGCCCCGGGGAUCCGGAGAAGGUUCCUGGGACCCGGAGAGCCAUGACGGGUCCAGCAGCAUGAGAUCGGCCAAGCCCUGGGGGGCAGCGACUCCCUGCAACAACCCUGCUGCCCUCUGCGGAGCUGACAAGAGCAGAGCUCACAGCGCCCAUCGCGACCCACCCACCUGCUCCCCACUCUGCCCAUCCCCCCAGCUUCUGCGGGAGGAGAAGCUGGAACCAGUGGCUGGGUCGGAAGGGUGGGCUGGCCAGCUUGGUAUGGGGGGCGCGGCCACCUCCAGGCACACCUGCCCGUCACCUCCUGGGUGGACCCCACUGUUGGAAGACCACUGAGGGAGUUUGUAUCCUGGGGAAAUCUCAGCACCCCAAGCAGAGGUCCCAGCGCAAAACCCUCACUCAGAAGACCUCACUGACCAGUAUUCCCAGAACCCGAGAUUUUAUUUUGAGAUGUCGUCAGGGUGAGCGGCACCAUGCUCGAUUUCACUUGCCCCCAGCCAUCUGGGAGGGGUUCCAAAGGGCGCUCGGCCAACCUCGGCAGAACUCAGCAUGGGUUUAGGGUGAUAGAGGAAAAUGCUUUCUGUGCUCGCUAGUGUAGCCUCGAAAGAUAUGCAAGUGUCAAAUAUGCAAAAGAAAUAGCUACUCAAAGAGACCGUGAGCUACUGAAGAACAGCAUCGAAAUCCGGUUUCUUUUUUUUUUUUUUUUUUACCUGCAAGGGGAAGAACGCCCUCCUUGAAAGGCCCCGUCCAAACAGACUUCUGAAUACUUCCUGCUCCAGCGGGGAGAUCACCUACUAUGAUAGAAAGUUCUUUUUGUUUCCUGUUAUAUUCAAGCUAAAAAAAAAAAAAAAUGUUAAUAAAAAGCACUUUAUGUUUUUCAAAAAUAGUUCUACCAGGGACAGUGUCCACAUCUUGCACUUUAAACAAGCACUAUUUCCCGGGGGCUGCUUAUUGACCCUGUGGUUGGGUUCUGGCCACGGUGGGUCCCGCUGUCUGCCGUUUCGGGGUCUGUGGCUCCUUCUCGGCCCCUCUGGAGCCUCCCCACACCCCUCGUGGGUCUGGAGGGCCUGGGCCCUCUGGCAGGGCCUCUCCCGAACUCACGUGUACAGGAGACGUGCGCAUCUCAGAAGGUCGCAGCGACGGUUGGGCUUCGGGUGUCCCCUCUGCUCUUUCUUGUCAACAGCCUUCGGUGUGUGUCCCGUGUCUGUCCUGAAGCUCAGCUCUGCUUCCUGCAGCCGCCCAUGCAGACAGUACAGACUAAAGCAAUAAGUAUCCGUGUGCAUCCUGAGCAGUUCUGGGCUAUUUCUUGGUGUUGGUCUUCUUGUCCUAGCUUGAUGACCUGGCAUUGUCUCUGCCUGCUCUUAGUCCAACAGCGCCGUGCUGUUGGCUGUCCCUCGGUGCAGUGACCUUGGGUGGGACCACCGGUUAACACUGAGCUAUGGUGUCGUCCACCUGUCGGUAACGAUGCCAUGUUCCCGGUCUGCCUGUGCGUAGCACGAUAGAGCAAUGUCGUUCUCUUAAUGUGAUGUUGGUGGGUGACGUCCCAGCUCCAGAAGUGCGGUUCUGCCUGUCCUCGGUGACAGGCGUGUGUCUUCCUGGUGGCUCACCUGUCCUUCAUACAAUCCGUUGCUGGUCUGUCCACUGGUCCAAUGGCACCAUCCACCUGUCAGUACACAAAUAUCACAGGGUUGUUCUGCCUGCUAUCCAUUCAGUGGCAUGAGGUUGGCCACCUGUCAUGGAUAUGGUUCCUAGGGUCAUUCUACCACUCUUCAAAAUGCCUGUUCUCUGCUGUAUAGGAACCCAGCUCAUACCACUCUCAGCACCUCCAGGGAUUGUGGAUCCUCCCAAGAGGGCACAGUCCUGUUAUCUACUGAUUUAACAAGGAAAACAAGAACUCAACUCUUCCUAGGGAUCUACGGAGUAUUUGCACAGCAAAUGCAAAGGUCCUGGGGCAGGAGAGCAUGAGUUUGUCCCCUGCCGAUCAGUGCAUCAGAGGCAGGAAGCAGCAGUGCUUCCAAAGUCCUUCACUGAGUGCGUGUUGGGGGCUGGGGCCUGUUGAGGAACGACUGUGGGACAGUUCUCGCCGACGUCUUUGUGUCUCUAUCUUGUUUCCAUCACCGUUUCUGUCCACCAUCAGCACAAAUGUGAAAAUUCAGGGAAAACAAUCAAAUGCUUUUUGAUAAAAGUAAAUAGUUGUGAUUUCCGAUUCAGAUAUUUUUAGAGCUGAUGCUAUCUGUAAAAAAUCAAUACUACUACUAAUAAUAUAGUCUAUUUUACAUAUCAGGAAAGUGAACAUGUUUAAAUAUAGCCAUAUCGAGCGAGAAGGAACUCACCACCCCUUCUUCAGACCAAGGCAUUUCAUGCUGGUUGAAGCAAUGAGGAGUGUACAGAUUGGAAACCAUCCUUCCUUCCUUCCUUCCUUUUUUUUUUUUUUAACUAAUAACCAAUUGGUGCAACUCUCCUUGUAACCAAAGGCCCUUGCUGCCUUGCGUCUCGCUGGACCUGGCCUGCCCUCCCUCGUGUGUUCUGUCUGACCUUAAAGUAGCAUUUUAUCGAGUCACUUUUGAAGGACGAAUUCAGAAGUAUCAUGAAGAACCUGCCUUUUCAGGCUUCAUCGCCAGAGUCCUAUAGAGUUCUUAUAGAAACAGAACCACUGAAAUCAGCAUAUACUAUGCUUAGAGAGUAUUCCAUUUCAGUUUGGGUUUGCCCCGCCUUGACGUCGUGAGUGUGUGCUGUGGGAAUACCGCUUUGCCCCCGUGCUCAACUCAAGGUAGAGUCUCGUGACAUUCCCCAGCCCUCCCACCCCGCUGCCAAAAAGGACACACCCAGAUUCUUCACACGCCUGCGCCACCCUGAACCAGUGUCCACGUGUGUCCAUGCACUGGGAAAUCUACCCAAGGGUCCCCGCGGGGAAGCUGACCUGGACAGACGGCCUUGUAGAGAGGAGGAGAGCCGUGGUUCGGAGCCGCUGCAGAUGACCUGGGUAGCCCAUGGCCACCCUCCUGAGCCCAGCGGAGCAGCGGAGGCAGGUGGACCCAGGCGGAGCUGACUGGCGGCUGGCGGCACGCACACUCCUGGUCCCUGUGGCAAAUGCAGUGAAACUCACUGUGAACCCAGCUGAACUCCGCCAUCAUCAGAAAGGGCUGGGGACCGGGCCGCUGUGCGUUCCAGUCACACAGGGAGGGUCUGGCCGUCGGGGAGAGGAGGACAGGCCGCGGAGCAGCUGCUCAUUCGCCUUUUUAUCUUGGGGUAACAGAGAACAACAGGUCCCUGGUGCUGUAGGUUUCUCAGUGCCUUCUUUAGGAAUUCUAUCUUAAGCACACCUUCGAGGGGAAAGAGGAAAGAGGAGCCCCUUUUCCAGGAAAUAUCGGGGAUCACGAGGGGAGAAGAAGGGAAAGCGACAGAAUCCCGAGGAGGCCUGUCCUCCCGACCACUCCGCCGGCCCCGCAGUGGCUGGUGACACAAACUCCUCCCCACCUCCCCACUGUCGCCCCGCGUUGGUCCCCGCAGCCCCGUCUCGGCCUCCCUCCCUAUAAGAUCGGCUUUUUUAAGGGAGACUCAACAGUAUUUUCUUCUGUCACACUGUGACGUGUUGUUGAUAUUUGUGACUAUUGUAUAUUUCCGUCUUGCUCCAGUCGCGUCUGGAAUGUCUAGUCCAUGAACAAGCAACGUUUCAAAUUCACCACGGACAAGGGUCUCUCAAGCCAGGUCCCCCCACCCUCUCCCUCUCCCCGUCUCUCUCUGUCUCUCUCCUUUCCUUGUUUCUCUGCCAACUACUCUCAAGUAACAUGACCCCAGGUUUUUCCAGCCUCAAGGCUAGUAACUGAGUCAGAGGCAGCCACAGCAAAAAGUCCUUCACCU